UUCUGUGCUAGAGUCUUUUUUGUUUUUUUUUUGUUUUUUAAAUACAAUUAGAUCUAACCUAUGACAUUGUAGAGAAGUUGCACAAACAUUAUUAUCUAAUGCACCAUUAAAACUGGUCCAACCAUAAAGUGAAAUAUCUGAUACUGAUCUUUACAAACUUGACAUGUGAGAAAUAAUUGGAGUUAUUUCCCUUGCAUUGUGAAUCAACUGUCCAAAAUAUAUUACCUGUUUUUAUAAGCCUUAUUUGAAUUCUUGAAUGAUAUUUACAAACCUGCAAAGACACUGAGCUUUUCAGAUUUUAGAAACACUAACAAAAAACCCAAGCACUAUCUAUUUGAUUCUCCUCAUAUUGGCGUGGGAACCCAAUAGGUUGGAGGAGGCGGGUUGGAACAGAUGGUCGAAAAAAUUACUGUUAAGAAUACGUCAAUGAAAUGAAAUUUCUCGGCCAACGCAGGUAUCAAACACGCGACCUCCAGGUUAGGGAGCCAACGUCUUACCCACUGAACCACCGACGUUCUCGUUUAAAAGACGUUUAUUGACUGCAAACGAACUGAAAGCACAUGCAUAACGUUUUGCGGUUCACAUCCAGAAGAUUUUAGAGGCAGGGUUGCAAACAUGUUUUCAUACAGCUGUUCCAGUCUGAUUUGGUAGCAAUGAAAAGACAUAUGCUUGUAAAACUAUCAUCUAGUGUAAAAAAUGGUAGGGAUUUGUUACAAUGCGGUGAUUCUGGAAUAGUUUAUCUAUCAACAGGUAUAAAGAGAUUGGAUGAAUUACUGAAUGGAGGUGUUUAUAUAGGGGAGGUAACUGAGAUAUGUGGUGGUAUAGCAGUCGGCAAAACGCAGAUUUGUUUAAGUUGUUUAUGUACAACAGCAGUCAAACAAGCGAAUGUCAUAUAUAUAGAUACAUCAUGUAGCUUUAGUUCUACCAGAGUUUUAGAGUUAAUAGGUCAACAAAAUCAGAGUGAAGAAGAGAUAUUAAAUCGUGUUAAACAUUGUGCAUGUUCGGAUGUAUUUGAAAUAUUUCAAGUUAUAGAGGAAAUCAGAUCUUGUCUUGACAAGAAGUCUGAUGUGUUUUAUAGUAAUAUAAAGUUGGUAAUAGUAGAUUGUAUAGCUAGCGUUAUAUAUCCUAUACUUGGCGGUAAUCAGAUUGAUGGUCAUAGUCUAAUGGUUCAGAUUAGUCAAAAAUUGAAAAUAUUGGCUGUUGAUUACUCUGUUGCUGUCUUGGUAACUAAUAAUGUAGUGUCCGGUGAGGAUGGAAAAUGGUUACCAAGUUUAGGUAGGACUUGGUCACAUGUGCCUCAUACACGUAUUAUUCUGUCAUCUGAAAAUCAUCAACCAGAUCAAAGAAAAGCUGCUCUUGUUAAAAGUUCUAGAUUGUCAGCACCAAGUAACAUCAAAUUUUAUUUACCUUAAGGCAUAACCUGAUUGAGGAGUAGAAAAUGGUUGAGUGUUGGCAGCAGUUACUUGAAAUUGAUAGAGUAUAUACUGUCCUGUCUGCAGAUCCGAUAAAAAGUGUCAACUGCUGUUGGGUUAAUGGACAGAGUUGAUAAAUGUAUGGAUUGUGUUAUUCUCUAUAUAGCCUACAGGUGGGCACUUGUGUCACUAUUUGUAAUUGAGUACAACUAUAAAAAUAUUUUAUAACACAAU